AUGAACAUGCAGCCAGAAAUACCCCCAACGCAACCCACUGAGGAACCCGAGCCCGCAAAGAAACGUCCCUCUGAGGUCUCCCCAGGAGACACAGAAGGCACAGAAGACACAUCAGAAGCAAUAAAACCUGCACCAGAAACUCCCAAGCGUACUUCACAGCGCGCAAAGCCCACCUCAACAACGCUCAACGACUCACCCUUGACGCCGCUCUCAAUGCGAGCCCUCUACUACACCCCCGAAGGACCAAUCAACGACACAUCCGACAGAAUCCCAGAAGGAGACAUCAGCGAAGCCCUCGCGCCCGAUACAACCACAACCACCAUCCGCAAGAAAGGAACAAAUCUCGUCUUCGACGCUAGCUUCCCAACACCGCAACCCUCCCCUCAGCAAUAUAUGCUCAAGGUCUGCACAGCAGCCUUUUGCCAUGAUGAGGUCCGUCUCGCCGGACUGCUCAACCCGCCAAAUACCACACCGUAUAUCCCACUGCACAGUCUCUGUGGAACAGUCAUCAGCACGCCCAGUGAAGACGACGAGCGGGAGGAAGGCCCGAAAUUUAAAAUCGGCGAUGUGGUCUUCGGUCUGGUGAGUUAUACGCGCGAUGGUGGGGCUGCCGACUAUGUUGUUGCGCUUGAAAAGGAGCUCACGCUGAAACCGGAUAAUGUGACCGUCGCUGAGGCAGCGGCACUUGCGUUGCCGGGGCUGACGGCCUGGCAGGCGCUUUUCAGAUACGCUGGGCUUGAUCCCGAUGUACCUGGAGGGUUGAACGAUGAUGAGGCUGGCGCCGUAGGAAAUAAGACUGGACGGUGGAUGUGGCAGCGCAAGCGGCGCGAUACCGUGGUCGGCAGCGGGGAAUUUGGCUAUGGGCAUCGCAAAAGCACGGUUGCUGGUUUAGGAAGCGAACAGCGUGGUGCUUUGACUACUGACACUGCCAGUGGCAGUGUUAGCGGGAACGCGAAUGGGAAUGGGCGUUGGGUUUGGCAAUGGAACCGCAAUGGCGGUGUUGACAACAAUGUCAGUGGUAACGGUAACAACAUUGACAGGAUACCCGGCACAGCCAGCGCAGCAGCCGAGCCGCCUCCUGAUAAAAAGACUGUACGUCGUGAAAGCCUCAUCAGUCUCGUCAGCGGUAAUCCCAGGGGCAAAAAGGCCGUUCCUCGCGCCGCCAGCACAGUCGACCCCAAUCCCAAAGGCACAGUCCGCCGUAACAGCUUACUCAGUCUGAUCAAAGGCAAUACCAACGCUUCCGGGUCGGUUGAUUCGACUGCCAAUGCCGGCUCAAAUGGCACUAGUCGGCGUGCCAGCUUAGUCGAACUAAUCACCCCUAGCCCCGGCCGACGAGGCAGCAAGCUGGGAAACCUAAUCAGCGCCGCCACUAAUGGCAACGGCAAUGGAGAGGAUCAACUGCCCAAGAUCCGAGUGCUUGUUACCAACGCACGAGACAGCGACAUUGGUCGCAUCGCCGUCCAAAUCCUGCGAGCAGAGUCCCUUUUUCCAGAUCCCGUUCGGCCCUGGAUUUGUGUGACUUGCACGCAAGUCGAAGCCGAUAUCAUCGAGAAGAACUGGCAAGUCGACGAGCUCAUCAUUAUCCCGCAUCUCCCGACGCCUGAUGAGUGUAAUAUCGCCAAGGUAUUCCGCACGCGCCGAUGGCAACCGGUUGAUAUUGUGCUCGACUGCGCCGGUGAUGUAGUGUUCCAGGCUGCUCAUGCUGAGGGUGUCGUGAAGGACUACGGGGCUGUGUUGACUGUUGUGGAUGGGAAGGUUGCGCAGCAGUCUCCUCUUGUUCCUGAGAAGGAUGUGUUGGGCGAGAGGAAGCGAGGGAUUAGGAGCCGGUUUGUACCUGUUAAUCCCGAUGGGUCAGCCUUGGAGCGGAUUGCAGAUUUGGUUCAGGAGAAUCUUGUCCGAGGGAGAGAGAGUAGUAUUGUUGAUAUCGCACGGGCGGCGGACCUUUUGGCGGCUGGAGCAGCAGGGACAGCGGGGAGUCGGCGUGGUGGUAUGGUGGUUGUCAGGGUAAAUACUGUUGCUUGA